GCACCCGGGCGGGGCCGGAAGCGAGGCGAGGGGCGGAAGUUCCCCGCCCGGCGCUCCCGCUCGCUCGGUCCGAGGGGCUGCGGCGCCGUUCAUGGAAGAGAUGUCGGGAGAGAGCGUGGUGAGCUCAGCAGUGCCGGCGGCCGCGACGCGCACGACGUCCUUCAAGGGGAGCAGCCCCAGCUCCAAGUACGUGAAGCUGAACGUGGGGGGGGCCCUGUACUACACCACCAUGCAGACCCUCACCAAGCAGGACACCAUGCUCAAGGCCAUGUUCAGCGGGCGCAUGGAAGUGCUCACGGACAGCGAAGGCUGGAUCCUGAUCGACCGCUGUGGGAAGCACUUUGGGACAAUCCUGAACUACCUGCGGGACGGCGCCGUGCCGCUCCCAGAGAGCCGCCGCGAGAUCGAGGAGCUGCUGGCUGAGGCCAAGUACUACCUGGUGCAGGGGCUGGCAGACGAGUGCCAGGCAGCCCUGCAGAACAAGGAUGCGUACGAGCCCUUCUGCAAGGUCCCGGUGAUCACCUCCUCCAAGGAGGAGCAGAAGCUGAUUGCAACCUCCAACAAGCCAGCAGUGAAGCUGCUCUAUAACAGAAGCAACAACAAAUAUUCCUACACCAGCAACUCCGAUGACAACAUGCUGAAGAACAUCGAGCUCUUUGACAAGCUGUCCCUGAGGUUCAAUGGGAGGGUGCUCUUCAUCAAGGAUGUCAUUGGGGAUGAGAUCUGCUGCUGGUCCUUCUACGGGCAGGGCCGCAAGAUCGCCGAGGUCUGCUGCACCUCCAUCGUUUAUGCCACCGAGAAGAAGCAGACCAAGGUGGAGUUCCCAGAAGCCCGAAUUUACGAGGAGACCCUGAACAUUCUGCUGUACGAAUCCCAGGAUGGGAGGGGGCCGGACAAUGCCCUCCUGGAAGCCACGGGAGGGGCUGCAGGGCGCUCCCACCACCUGGAGGAGGACGAGGAGCGGGAGCGCAUCGAGCGCGUGCGGAGGAUCCACAUCAAGCGCCCCGAUGACAGGGCCCACCUGCACCAGUGAGCCUGGGGACCCCCGCAGCUCUGGGGAAGGGGCUGCCCUGCAGCAGGACCAGGCAGUGCAACUCCUGUCCAGCACAGUCUGUAAAUUGUGAUUUGUAACAAACUCUAGGUUAUUUGGGGUAUUUAAAUGCGGUAGUUGUAGGGCGAGGAUCAAUGAGGUUACUGGGCAGCCUGGAAGGGCCUGUUGAGCAGCUGGAGAAAUGCCCGGAAUUUUUAGCACUCUUGUCGUUGCUGUUUUGUGCUGGAGAGGAGGAGGACUGGCUUCCUGAGGCUUUGGUAAUGAUCCUGCACUUUAAAUCCAAAACAACAAACAAAAGCUCAGCCAGCCACCCUCCUUCCCUCCAGGCACUCCCUGACCCUCCUGGGGCGGGGGGAAAGGCAGGGAUCUGGACCCAGAGCUGCUGCACAGCUCCCUGGCUCCUGGGAGAGAGCUCGGGAGUGCUGGGGGUGACUCCCCAAAGGACAAAUGGCACAGGCUGAUGA